UCCGGUCACUGAUUGGCUUGGGUGCCUGUCAGUAGGUGGGCGUGGUCAGCGCUGAUUGGCUGGCGGGAGCUUUUCCGCCGGAAGCGGCGCGACAGGAGAGAGGGACGGCGGCGGAGCCGGCGGGGCGGCCGCAACCAUGAACAUCCGAAACGCGCGGCCCGAGGACCUGAUGAACAUGCAACACUGCAACCUGCUCUGCCUGCCGGAGAACUACCAGAUGAAGUAUUACUUCUACCAUGGCCUUUCCUGGCCCCAGCUCUCAUACAUCGCUGAAGACGAAAAUGGGAAAAUUGUGGGUUAUGUCCUGGCCAAGAUGGAGGAGGACCCUGAUGAUGUUCCUCAUGGACACAUCACAUCCCUGGCAGUGAAGAGAUCCCACCGGCGCCUGGGGCUGGCGCAGAAGCUGAUGGACCAGGCAUCCCGGGCUAUGAUUGAGAACUUCAACGCCAAGUAUGUCUCCCUCCACGUCCGUAAGAGCAACCGGGCAGCUCUGCACCUCUACUCCAACACCCUCAACUUCCAGAUAAGCGAGGUGGAGCCCAAAUACUACGCAGACGGGGAGGAUGCCUACGCCAUGAAGCGGGACCUCACCCAAAUGGCAGAUGAGUUGCGGAAGCAGGUGGAGCAGAAGGAGCGUGGCCGCCCCCCAGCUCCCACUGAGCCCCCCCGGGGUGGGGAGGGGGUUUGUGGGAGUGGGGGGGCCCCCCCUCAACCAGCAGUGGUGCCCUCAGCUCCUGAAGAUGGGGGAGUCGACAGCAAAGACCUCAGCGAGGUUAGCGAGACCACCGAGAGCACUGAUGUCAAAGACAGCUCUGAGGCCUCUGACUCUGCUUCAUAGGGACCCCACCCCCCCUAAAAAAAACACUGGGACCCCCCACUCCAGGGCCCCCCCUCCCCAACUGGGUGCUGGGGAGGGGGGCAGCAAUAAACCCCCUCCCUGUCCAGCUUG